AUGGCGCAGAAACUGAAAGGUAUACUUGCACCAAACCAAUGCUUCUGGGGAGCAGCGUUGGUAUAUCCAAUAUACGAUUUAGUUUCGCAAAGUAAGUUGUCCAUAUAAAAUUUAUUUGUUUAGCCACCAGAGACGAUGAUAACAGGUUCGCGAGAUUCCUGUAUCUCGACAGAAGUAAUUUCAAAUGGACCGAGAAAAAUAUAAACUUGUUUGACGAUGAAUUGAUCAGGUAUUCGGAAGAAAAAGAUGACGACUUGUCCGGGGCAAAGGUGAGGUCAAACAUGAUAUUAUUGAAUCUUUAGAUAAACGAAGUAUUUUUGAUAACAAGGUUUUUACCGAUCUAGGUUUGCAUUUCAGGUGAUAUUUGCCGUUCAUCCCGGCCUUCACGAUUAUGUUCAUGGACUUUUUUCGGCGAAAGGAGGAGCUGAGAUUGAUAUUGCAGCACGGAUAUUGGUGGACAAUGUGGAAGAGUUUAGGAGUAUUUUGCCAGAGACUGUCAAAAGGUAUGUUCAUACUUACUUUUAUUAUCUGUUGAGUUUAGGUUGACAGGGAAUUCAUUGACAUCACAGCAAUUGAAUUUGAUCUCAGAUAAAGAACUAAAUUUGUUAAUUUUGCCAGAUAACGCUAAACGAUUUAUUUUUCACAGAUGUAUAGUCAAAGCCUCAAAGUAAGUCUAUAGACUGAUUUAUUGAAAAUUUAUUAUAGAUUUAAUUUAAUUAUUAUACUUUGUGUUUCAGCUUUAUCUACAUGUUCGUUGACUCGCUGGCUAGCGUUUUUUCCUUUAUGGUUACUUAUCCCGUGUUUCUCUUUCUGACACCGAAAAUAGGGCCAAUCGCAAGUUUAGUGGUUGUUCCUUUGCUUGCCACAGGUUUUUUCUUCUUCAUUUUGAGGUCAAUGUGUAAUUAUGCGGUGGAUUCUCAUUUGGAUCAACAAGCUACUGAAUUGUAAGGCUUUAUGGUGUUUUUGGCGGUUGCAAAAUGGAGCCAAGAAGAAUUGGUCAAUUUUAAUUGGAUUUGUAUUCUUACCGAUAAACUUUACAGAGAUGAGGAGCUGUUGAAAGGAGCAUACCGAUACCUCGAGAUCUCUCAGAAAUUCUGCCUUCUGAUGAACCGAUUGGCCAAGAAAGACCGAGGGCAUCCGUUUUCAGCCGAUGGGAAUCCUACAGACACUUCCACGCCAUUUGCAUAUCGUCUUGGAGUUCUCAAAGACCGGGAAAAGGCGAACAAAGAACAAGCUAGGAAGACAAAAAAAUAUGUUUGA